CACCUCCUUUCUUUCGUGGACCAUCCUUCUUCUAGCAAUCGAUACCGAUUGGCAAGACAAAGUACGAAAGGAGGUGCUCGAGUUACUUGGGGACCAGAAUCCAAACGCAGAAGGCAUUGCAAGAAUGAAAAAGAUGACCAUGGUUAUCAACGAGACCCUAAGACUAUAUCCUCCGGUCAUCGGUCUUGUGAGAAAAGUACAACGGGAAAGCAAAUUGGGAAGUCUCAUUCUUCCGGUCAAUAUAGCCGUGAAUAUUCCGUCGUCGUUUCUUCAUCUUAAUCCUCACAUUUGGGGAGAAGACGUGCAUCUCUUCAAUCCAGAAAGAUUUUCGGGAGGAGUUGCUAAAGCCACAAACAACAAUCCCGCAGUAUAUCUUCCUUUCAGUUUGGGACCGUGCAACUGUGUGGGCAUGAACUUCUCUAUCAAUGAAACGAAAAUUGCUCUCUCGAUGAUUCUGCAACGCUACGCCUUCGCUCUGUUCCCAACCUAUAUUCACUCGCCCAUGGUUCGUGUGACGCUUGGUCCACAACAUGGGAUUCAGGUGAUGCUUCACCCUCUCUAGCAUGUAUCAACUCUAAUACUAUUUAUCAAGUGGUGUGCAGUGGGUGCAGGACAAUCUUACAUUUGAAGCACACCAAUUUGUUCCUUAUGUACCUAGACUGACUGUAUGUCUUGGCAGGGUUUAUUCAAAAAAAAAAAAAAACUCUUGGCAGGGUUUAUUCAAAAAAAAAAAAAAAAAAAAGUGGAGCGAAUAAAACUGCAGGUUUGUUUGCACUAGAAAAGUCAACCGCUAAUGAAUUGUGAUGAUAUUACAGUAACAUCAUAUACUGUUACACAAGACAAUGCCUUGUAUACCUAAUCAAUUCUGAUCUUUGUUGUCAACUUCUACUUAUUUAGAGGACCCUAUGUGUCACACUCCGAAAUUUUAAUAAAAAGUUCAUAAUGU